UCCGUUUCUCAUGUAAACAAAAAAUGACAGGCAUGAUUUCACAUAAAUUUCUGUAUGGAUUAUUAUGGGAGGAACCUGUAGUGGACCUUCAUUAAAAGACUUACCAAAGAAAAUUCUAAUAAUCGGAAACAGUGGCGGAGGGAAGACCCAUUUACUGUACAGCUGGGUUCUUGGUACAAAUGACCUUGACACAGUUCCGACCGACAGCUUCAAUGUGGAGAGGGUCGCUGUGGAGGGUAAGGUGUACAUGGUGUGGGACUUGUGUGGGAGGAAGGAUUUUAGACUGAAGCGCCGACAAUUCUACCACGGCACAGAUGGUGUUGUUUACAUUAUUGAUGCCUUAUCUGACAUAGAAGAUACCAUUGAUGACUUAGCCAAAGUGACCAUGGAGCGAGACUUAAAUUCACUUCCAUUUCUAGUUCUCAUAAAUAAAAGAAAGGAUAUAAAUAGUGAUUUGGUGAUUAAAGUUGAAAGUGCACUGAAAAAUCACCCUGGCUCAUCACAAGUGAUGGACGUGAAUAUAAUGGACAAGGAAUCUGUUAGUGCAGCACUGAUUCAGCUCCACAAAAUGCUAACAUCAACAUCUUCUGUGAUACCGUAAACCAACUUUUAUUCACAUGCGAGAAAUAUCUGCAAGCUACAGCAUGUACUUUAACUCCCAAAUUUUUAUCACUGUGAAUAACUUUUUUUGCAUUGUAUUUAUUAAUGUAGUGAAUGUUUUGUCUGUCGCAAAAAUUCAGCGUCAUAGACUAAUUUCAAACCGACAAAUUGCAAAUAAAAGAUGACAUGAUGAACAUUUGGUUAACAGUGUGCCAUUUAAUUGUGAUGAAAUCAGUAUUGGCCAACAAGGAUAAUCUUAGAUUCUUCACAUCUAAAAAUAUCAAAUUCAAGUGUGGUUGACUGUUGAUGAUGUGUAUAGUGUAAUGUGUCCAAGUUAACAAAGUGGUAAAAUGAUUGUUUGCUUCACAAAUGCAUAUAAAGUUGACCUGAAUCAUGACUUAAUUGUGUUUAUCUUCUAAAAACGAUCAAGAAAGAACAUGAGUACUGGGUAGAAGUUUUAAGUAUAUAGUUAACAUUUGAUAAGUUUCCUCAGUAUGUAAGAUAAACAUGUACUGAUGUUGAUUGCUAUCAAGCAUUGAACAAUAUACAUCCAUUGCAGUUGUUUAUAAAGUUUAGUGAGAAUCGAAAUAUUUUUUUAUUUAAUUUUGCUACACAUUCACUUUGAUA